UUUGGGUUUGCAGCAAGAGGAGCCUCCUGCGUCCAUCCCUGCUGGGAUCUGUACAGCACCAGGGAUUUCCUGAUGCCCUGACCCUGUGCUGCUGGGGACAUCGAAGGCAAGAAGCACAAUUGUGAGAUUGUUUUAUUUUCCCUAAAUCUCACAAACACUCCGUUUUUGGCCGCAAAGGGCCCCGCAGCCGGUGUGGAGAUGGGGAACAUGGACGGGAAAACCGUGGAGGAGCUGAGCACCACCGAGUGCCACCAGUGGUACAAGAAGUUCAUGACAGAGUGUCCUUCUGGACAGCUCACCCUCUACGAGUUCAAACAGUUUUUUGGCUUGAAAAACCUGAGUCCGGCAGCGAACAAAUACGUUGAGCAAAUGUUUGAGACGUUUGACUUUAAUAAGGAUGGCUACAUCGAUUUCAUGGAGUAUGUGGCAGCCCUGAGCCUGGUGCUGAAGGGCAAGGUAGACCAGAAGCUCAGGUGGUAUUUCAAGCUCUACGACGUGGAUGGCAACGGCUGCAUCGACCGGGCGGAGCUGCUGAACAUCAUCAAAGCCAUUCGCUCCAUCAACCGCUGCAACGAGAAGAUGACGGCAGAGGAGUUCACAGACAUGGUGUUCAACAAAAUCGACAUCAAUGGAGAUGGCGAGCUGUCCCUGGAGGAGUUCAUGGAGGGCGUGCAGAAGGACGAGAUGCUGCUGGACAUCCUGACGCGCAGCCUGGACCUGACCCACAUCGUGAGGCUGAUCCAGAACGAUGGCAAGAACCCGCACGAGGCCGGGCAGGACGCCCAGGCUGCCCAGUAGCUCCCUGGGCUGUGCCUUGGCCUCCCCUGGCACUGCCACUGAUCGGCUGUGCCUGCACUCCCUGCUGACAGAACUGUCCCCUGGGCACGGGGACCGGGGGGACACCCCUGGGUACCAGAGGAGAGGGGUGCAGAGCUAAAUAACUCAGUGUCCAUCCCACACGGAGCUGGGAUGGCUCUGGACACUCUGCUGAGCUCAGAGAGGGGACAGCCAGUGCUGCACGAGGCUGUGCAGAACAGGAGCUCACUGAGAGCACCCCAAAAUUGCCACCAANGCCAGAGGGGACAGCCAGUGCUGCACGAGGCUGUGCAGAACAGGAGCUCACUGAGAACACCCCAAAACUGCCACUGAGGCCGUGGCCAGCACCCCCAGAGGGGUCCAACCAGCACUUGGCCCCGUGAGAGGGGUCCUGGAAAAGCAGAUCCAAACCUUCUCCUUCCAUUUGUAUUUCCAGAGCAAGCAAUCUCCAGUUCUGGUCGCUCCUUCCUUCACUCAUUAUGUGGUCAGCAGUGAGCAGUGAUAAUGUGAGAUAAAACAUUUGUGAGCUAGCACAAGGGGAGGGGUGAAUGCAGUGGCUUUUCUUUGUUUAAAAGCACUAAAAACAUGGAAUGGUGCCUUUUUCUAACAACCCCCUGGACUGUAAGGAAAUGCUUCUCCCUGAAGCAUCUGCAAGGAAGGAAGGAAGGAAGGAAGGAAGGAAGGAAGGAAGGAAGGAAGUGCUUCCAGACAAGCAGGACCAUUUUCCUGACCAUUUUCCUGGGUGUCUUUUUCACUGG